GACCAAUGGUCUGACUCAGCAUAUGGCAGCUUCCUAUGUUCUUAAGAUAAGGACAGCCUAUUAAGAACACAAGGACCGCUUUGCUGGAUCAGACCUAAGGAGGCCGAUCUAGUCCAGCACCCUGUUUCUUCACACAGUGGCCCACUUGGGAAGCCAGCAAGCCAGCCACACUUCCUGAGGGCCCAGCAGAGGCCUGGAGGGUCACCCCAGGCGGUUGUCCGGCAACCAGGGGGCCUCUGUGGGGAGGGGCCCCCCUGGGCCCCCCUGGCACUUCAGGGCCUCCUGCCUGCCAGUCUUCCCUCCACAAAACAAGGCCUUUUCGGAGUUCCUAAAUUAGGGGAGCCUUGGAACUGAAAGAGAAGGAGGAGAAGGAGAAAGAGAAAGCCCUCAGGAGAUGCAUGAGGGGAAAUGAGAGGCGUGGAUGGGAAGGCGGCCAGACGUCCCGACGUCCAGGUGCUCCCGACGUCCAGGUGCUGCCUAAGCUAGUCUUCCUUUGGGCCACCCUUUCUUCAGGGACGCCAGAAUGACUUCCUCUUGCCCCAUCAUGUUCCUCAUCUUCCUUUGCCAUGCUGCAAACAUUAGUGCCAUAGAACAGAAGUCGGAAAACGGCUCCUGCAUUCUUGAAUAGGUCUGUCAAGCACAAGCAGGGCCAAGAGUUGCUGUGACGCACCAGUAGAAAGAUCAACGUUCUCAACAUUCCUGGCUCCAUGCCAUCAUCCAGCCUGAGGAGGAGCACCAUUCCUUCACUGCACAGGCCCACAGAACUCAGAGUGAAUGGGAGAUCAUUCCCUGUCAAAAGUUCUGUAUGUCACCAGGGGUUGCAGGUAUACUGCCUUUGAAAGUGGCCCCAUAUAAACAUCCUCACAGAGGAAACACCAGUGACGGCCGCCGGAGAGAUGAUUUGCUGAGCUGAAUGGGGGCAUUUGCUCUCCCCACCAUCACGAAAUAUAAGAGAACCCCCACUUGGGUCCCAGGCCAUGGUCUAAGUGCACACGAUACAGCCACCUUGCUGAAGCUAAGCAGGUAUUGGUGAGAAGUGACAGGAGCCAGGUGGACCCGGCCUUCAAGAGCCUCCCGAGACGGGGGAAGCAAAGAUCGGGGAAGGACAACGUCAGCCAGAGAUGGACCGUCUGGCCAGGAGCAUCUCCAGUGGGAGGGCAUGCCUUCCUGUGUGCUUAUAUCCAGAGAUAUGGCGUUGUGUUCCUUUCUUCAUGCUUCUGUACUGGUCAAAGACUGUAAUCAAGUUUAUCUCGAUACAUCACAGUCACCCACUGUUCAUUCAAAGUUAUGCCAGAUCCAGGAGCAGCACUCCCUGCCCUUCAGUGGGAAGGCAGAAAUGGUAUGGCAGUGAUUGGUGCUGAUGGAGGUCCUGAUGGCUAUGCGAAUGGUCCUUUUAAUCCCUCAAAUUAAAAUGCCUCGAAUCGAUGCAGAUUCGCUCUUCAGAUACCCCGAGGCAUAGAGCCAUGUGUGGAAAACCUCCCGGCGGAAUGCUUAAGCAGGCAGGUACUGCAGCCUAGGUGGCGCCAUGGAGACGUGGAGGUCCAUCUACCGUCUGGUUGCCAAUAGAUGUGUAUUCCUGCCUGUUACGAAAAGAGGCUCCACCCUCCAAUCCAGUUCAGACAUGGUGAGGGGCAGCACAGUUCCCGCCUCUGCUUCCUUCCCCUGCACUUCAGUGCACUGGGCUGAAACACCGGAUGGGAGCUUAUGACAAGCGACUCUGUGGCAGUGGAGACUUCACUUCUUCGGAACGGGCAGGAAGAGGAUGUCUUGGGUGAAAAUCGUGGGAUUAAAAAAAGGUGCAAGCCAGAGAGUCUACAUCCAGCAGCCAGUGCCAUGAUGUGGAGGGAUUUGGGAUUGAGGCUCACCAUCGCCUUCCAAAACGGGCUCGCUUUCUCCAGAGCCAGCCCCGGUUCACUGAGGAGCCAAAGGAUCAGACGGUGGUUGCCGGCCAGAAGAUUGUGCUCUCCUGCGUGGUGUUGAACUAUUCAGGGAUUGUGCAGUGGACUAAAGAUGGCCUGGCCCUGGGGAUGGGGCAGGGCCUCAAAGCCUGGCCCCGGUACAGGAUCAUCGGGGCAGCAGAGUCUGGGCAGUACAACCUGGAGAUCACCGGAGCCGAACUCUCCGACGAUGCCCUGUACGAGUGCCAGGCCACGGAGGCAGCCCUGCGAUCCCAGCACGCCAAGCUGACUGUCCUGAUUCCUCCCGAAGACCCGGUGAUCGACGGAGCCCCCGAGAUCCUCCUGCGGGCAGGAACGCCCUACAACCUCACGUGCCGGGCACGCAACGCCAAGCCGGCAGCCACAAUCGUUUGGCUACGGGACGGGGUGCAGCAGACGGAGGCCGUCACCACCACGGAAACCUUGUCAGAUGGGAAGAGGGAGACCACGGCCAGCCUGCUGCUCAUCAACCCCACCGACCUGGACAUUGGCCGGGUGUACGUCUGCCGGUGCACCAACGAUGCCAUCCCGGCUGGCAAGGAGACCUCCAUCAAGCUGAACGUUCACCACCCUCCGACAGUGACGCUGUCCAUCCAGCCUCAGACGGUGCAGGAGGGAGAACGGGUCACCUUCACCUGCCUGGCCACUGCCAACCCCGAGAUCAAAGGCUACAGAUGGGCCAAAGGCGGCGUGAUCAUUGAGGAUGCCAAGGAGAGCCGAUACGAGACGCAGGUGGACUAUACCUUUUUCACAGAGCCCGUCUCGUGCGAAGUGCACAACGAUGUGGGCAGCACCAAUGUCAGCACCCUGGUGGACGUGCACUUUGCUCCCCGCAUCGUGGUGGACCCCAAGCCCACCACCACCGAUAUCGGCUCGGACGUGACGCUGACCUGUGUGUGGACCGGGAACCCUCCCCUCACCCUCACCUGGACCAAGAAGGAGUCUAACAUGGUGCUGAGCAACAGCAACCAGCUGUACCUCAAGUCCGUCACCCAAGCCGACGCGGGGCAGUACGUCUGCAAGGCCAUCGUGCCGCGGAUCGGAGUGGGCGAGCGGGAAGUCGCCCUCUUUGUCAAUGGACCCCCGAUCAUCUCCAGCGAGUCUGUCCAGUAUGCUGUACGGGGCGACCGUGGAAAAGUGGAAUGUUUCAUUGGGAGCACUCCUCUCCCCGACCGCAUAGCCUGGGGUUGGAAAGAGAAUGUCUUGGAAAUGGGGACCCUGGAGCGUUACACCGUGGAACGGAGCAAUACUGGCAACGGGGUGCUGUCCACCUUGACCAUCAACAACGUCAUGGAGGUUGACUUCCAGACACGCUACAACUGCACCGCCUGGAACAGCUUCGGGCCACGGACGGCCAUCAUUCAGCUGGAGGAGAAAGGUGUGGAAACCGGGGAGCUGGAACAGGUCUUGUCAGUGGGAAUCAUCGCCACUGCCACCAUCGGAGCCGGCAUCCUGGUCAUCGUCGGCUUCGUCGGCCUGGCCUGCUUUCUGUACCGACGCCGCAAAGGAAGCCGCAAGGAUGUGACGUUGCGCAAGUUGGACAUCAAGGUGGAGACGGUGAACCGGGAGCCUCUCACGCUGCACACGGACCGCGAGGAGGACACGGCCAGCGUCUCCACCGCCACGCGCGUCAUGAAAGCCAUCUACUCGUCCUUCAAGGAUGAUGUGGAUCUGAAGCAAGACCUGCGCUGUGACACCAUCGAUACCCGGGAGGAGUACGAGCUGAAGGAUCCAACCAACGGCUACUACAACGUCCGUGCCCACGAGGACCGCCCUUCCUCCCGCACCGUCCUCUACGCCGACUACCGCAACCCUGGCCCUGCCCGCUACGAGACCCGCCCGUCCUCCCGCCUCUCCCACUCCAGCGGCUACGCCCAGCUCAGCACCUACAGCCGAGGACCCGCCUCCGAGUACAGCGGGGACCCGGUCCCCGGCCCCACCCCCGGCCCCGCCACGGCCGAGACGGCCAGCCAGCUGUCCUACGAGAACUACGGCGGGCACACGGCGUUCCCUCCCAGCGCCGGCUACGCCACCUACCGCCUCGGCUACACCCAGCCCCCGCCCCCCGCCCUGGACCGAGCCGCCUACGACACCUAUGACCCGCUGGGCAAAUACACCACGGCCACCCGCUUCUCGUACACCUCCUCGGACUAUGGGCAGCGCUUUCAGCAGCGGAUGCAGACUCACGUCUGAAGCGAGAGUGGGCCGCUGACGGGGAGGUGCGGGUACCUCAUGACUGUCCCCUGAUAUUCAGGGGCUUCCCCCCACCACCACCUCCCCCCCGCCCGCCUGCAGAGUGGACUUGCAGCUGGCGCUGCGCCAAACUGCCCCCCCCUUGGCCCGCGGCUUCAUCUGGUCUCCCCGUCCUCUCCCUCUUAAUAGCUGCGCUUCCUCCCGCCAUCUUUGGCUUCUCCCGCCUGCCGUCUUUGCGGCGAAGAGCACGGUACUGGAGCUCUCCCUCCCUCGGACCAGAGACAGGCCGAGUGGGGACUGCUGCCCACCUUGGGGGCUCGGGUGGCAGAGACGAGGAAUACCCCGGCCAGCUCUGCCCCUCUGCUCCCGCCGCCUGGAUCUUUCCUCUCCCACCCCACUUUGUUCCAUUAGGACUCCGGUUUGGGGAACGGCCGCGUGGGCGUGCGUUGGGGGUCUGCAAGGAGGUGGCGCGGGGGGGGGUCUCAUCCUGAGCAAGGGCCCAAGGGAGGCCUGAGCAGCCCACCCACACGGGGCGGAAGCAGGUGGGGGAGAGACCAGAAGGCGGGGGGUGUGGGGUGGGGGCUUUCGGCUGGCUGCCUCGCCUCCCGAGGACAGGCACAGGCAGCUCGGUGUCCGUGGUCCAGAGUGUUCUUAAAGCAGGGCCAAACCCCCAUUCUCGUAACCCGGGGAGAGGCAGCUCUGGCUCUCCAGCGGCUCUUGACAACAAAUCCCCUCCUCCUCCUCCUCCUCCUCCAGUUGUCGCCUGUGAGGAAUGCACAAGGAGCCCUCUGGGCAGAGGUCACUGGGAAUUGACCGAGCUGCUUCCUGCUGAGUUGGGGCAACGAUCGCUAAGCUGUGUGCCACUGCUCUGACCGGCAGCAGCUCUCGAGCAGAGAGACGGACGUGUCUCCCAGCCCUGCUGCUUGCAAUCUUUCUAAGUGGAGACACCAGAGAAUGAACGUGGUUCUCUCUGCAAGCAGUGGCAGGGUACCUGCUUGGCAAGCUUCAGUCCCUGGCAGCAUCUCCAGGUAGAGCUGGGAGAGAGUUGUUGCCCCCGCCAGUGUCCAGUAGGGGAUGCUGGGAGUUGUAGUCUAACGGCUCCAGCUGGCUGAGGAUGGGCCGCCUUGCUGCAGGCCCAACGGAGCUGGCUGGCUCAGUGGCCUGACAUGGAAUGAGAGAGCUUCCGGUGGGCUUUGCCACGGAGCAGUGGGCCUUCCCUUGUCCCCCGUGGCCAGCCGAGAGCUGUCGCGGUUCUGUGGGGCUGCUUUGGGCCCCCCAGGCGCACGGCUACGGUUGUUUUCCAGCACGCUGUACUCCCAAAUACCUUCAGGGCGAGGCCCUUCCAGCAGCGAUCCUGCUGCGCUCAAGGCCCGCACUCAGCACCUUGCGGAAUGAGACACACACACACACACACACGGGGCCAAGCGCCUCCCUCCGACACCAGAAUUCAGAGGAGCAGGAUCAGUUCUGAAGAGCAAGCAAAUGCAUUCAGCGGCAUAAUUUAAUCUGCUUCCAGGAACCGUGUUUGGGGCGCGUGUGUCAGAGGGAGGGGUGUUGGCAAAAGGCUAGGAAGUCUGGAGAAUCGGGCUAGGUGGGGGGCAGGGGGGCGUUUAUGGGGACAGCAGCCAGAGAGGGGGGAGAGAAAGUAGACCAUGCAGGCUGUCCCACCCCGGUAACUACUCAUGUGGCUGCGCUAGUCGGCCACCCACAUGGUCUCAAACUUUUGUUCGUAGUCCUGAGGACUAGGAACGUAGCUUUAAAAACAACAACAAAGCAGAGUGUACCACUGGGAUGAAGUCUGCAGCAGGUGGGAGCCCAAGCAGAAUCUUUCCCCCCACCCAGCUCCCUCCCCGUUAGUGUGGAGCAGACCCGGCCUCCACGUCAUUUCCCAGGUGGGGCCAAUCUGCUGGGGCUGCCCCCUGGGCAUUCUCCUCCCACCCUCAGGCAACCGUCCCGCCGCAUCUCUCACAUCCACAGAAAAAAGUACCGCUAUGGGGGAGGUGGGGGCGAGCGGAUCCUGUAGCCGUGGGGCCUG